GGAGCCGCGCGCCUCACUACUGUCCUAAAGCUGGAGAAAAUGCUGCGCGUCCGCUGUCUGAGAGGAGGAAGCCGGGGGGCCGAGGCCGCUCACCUCAUUGGGAGCCUGGUCGGGCGCUCGGUGAGCCGUCUGGUUCAGAACGUGUUUCGGAGCUCCAGCUCUGCAGCAGCAGUGCAGCCCCACCCCCAGGAGGAGGUGGAGGAGUGCCCUGUGUGUGCCUAUAACGAGUGGGACCCGCUGGAGGAGGUGAUCGUGGGACGGGCUGAAAACGCUCGCGUCCCACCGUUUACUGUCGAGGUCAAGGCCAACACGUACGAGAAAUAUUGGCCGUUUUAUCAGAAAUAUGGUGGCCAGACAUUCCCUGAGGAGCACCUGAAGAAAGCCAUCGCUGAGAUUGAGGAGAUGUGCAAUAUCCUGCGCCAUGAGGGCGUCACCGUUCAGAGACCAGAACCAAUCGACUGGUCAGUCGAGUACAAAACACCUGACUUCACUUCUACAGGCAUGUACGCUGCGAUGCCGAGGGACAUUCUGAUGGUGGUGGGGAAUGAGAUCAUCGAGGCUCCGAUGGCGUGGAGAGCUCGCUUCUUUGAGUACCGUGCCUACAGACCCCUCAUCAAGGAGUACUUCAGGAGAGGAGCUAAAUGGACCACUGCACCCAAACCCACCAUGGCUGACGAGCUGUACGAUCAGGAAUACCCUAUCCGUACAGUGGAGGACAGGCAUAAACUGGCUGCAGAGGGAAAGUUUGUGACCACUGAGCACGAGCCCUGUUUCGAUGCCGCGGAUUUCAUCCGAGCCGGAACUGACCUGUUCGUACAGAGGAGUCAGGUCACUAACUUCUUGGGAAUUGAGUGGAUGCGCCGUCACCUCGCUCCUCACUAUAAAGUUCACAUCAUCUCCUUUAAAGACCCGAACCCCAUGCACAUCGACGCCACCUUCAACAUCAUCGGACCAGGCCUGGUGCUGUCCAACCCGGACCGCCCAUGCCGACAGAUUGAGAUGUUUAAGAAAGCUGGCUGGACUGUGGUGAAACCACCAACACCCUUAAUUCCAGAUGACCAUCCUCUCUGGAUGUCCUCCAAGUGGCUGUCCAUGAACGUGUUGAUGCUGGAUGAGAAACGUGUAAUGGUGGACGCCAACGAGUCUACCAUUCAGAAAAUGUUUGAAAAUCUUGGUAUUAAGACGAUUAAAGUGAGCAUUCGUCAUGCCAACUCCCUGGGAGGGGGGUUCCACUGCUGGACCACCGACGUCCGCCGCCGCGGGACCCUGCAGUCGUACUUUCACUAGCCUGCCAGAAACGAGCAGUUAUUAUUGAGCUUCCUUUCACGUCAUACAGUUCUCAAUAAUCCAUACCGCUGCAUGUUCUGUGAUUUUACCGUGCUGUGCAUGUAAAAGCUUCUGCAGAUGUUAAAGAAGAAACAGAAACACAGCUGAAACUCAGUCAUCUCAAUAACAACUGCGCUUCUGGCUGGCUACUGAGUCCCCUCUAUUGUAGGAAUGACGGCUGUGCCAUCCCAUAAUUCCCAGGGAAGUAGGCAGGGUUCUGCUCUCAACGUCACCAAGAAAACAAGCACGACCAGAAAUAGAACAGACAAAAGAGUUGCUACCUCCUUUUUACAACUGACAGCUAUUUACAAUUCUAUUAUUUAAUAUCGAUUGAUUGAUUCUGCCAUGAAUUUUGUACCUUUUUCUAAAAGAUCAACUGUUGUAGGUCAUCACAAACCUGAUUUCGUAGUUAUGAUAUUUUUUAAAUAUGAACCAGAAUGUAAAUAUAUAUAUAUAUGUGGUAAAUAACUUUUUCAUACAUUUUAUUGGCAUUUAUUUGUCAUAGUUUCCCGCUGAGGAAGCUGUUUCUGUAUUUGUGUAAAGGAGUGUAUUGGGUGAGGUUUGAGUAUCCGUACCUUCGCCUCCGUAGUCAUCCUCAAUAGCAGAUUCUGGCUCUCUGCUGCCGUCCCUGCACUGCUUCGCCGCUUCUGUGUUUGCAUUGUGACGAAAUUCGCGAUUCUGGGAACAUUUCAGCUGCUUUGAGCCUCCUGUCGGUGUCGCCGCCCUGCUGGCGGUUCGAACUGACCCUCUGAAGCCAGAGAAAUGUGAUUAUAAUGUGUGCCAGGUCAAAGAAUUAAAGAAUUUUUACAGGAAAAAGUACAAGUCGCCAUAAAAUGUAUCUUUGCAUGAUGUGAAAAUAUUAAAAGUCAUUUGUGAACGUGA